GGUUCAUAACUAACUUUAGAUAUAGAUGCUGUAUCAGCUGUAUGUACUUGUCGAUCAGCUUUGAGAAGAUAAAUACGUGAAAUACGUCGAUAAAUACAGUUUUGUGACGCAAUUAUUAUGGAAAAUGUAAUGAUUGCUUGGUGCAAGGACUUUUAACAUAUUUAUGAUUGCUCAGAAAUGGAGGAUAUUUAAGCAAUAACGAAGAACAUAACUAAAGAAUACAACGGAUUCUAUAGAUUAUAAUCAAGCUCCAGCCAUGGCAGCUAUUCGACAUACCUUGCAAAGAGAGGUAUUCACUCUCAGCGAUGAAAAACUGCUCAGCGUGUGCUACGUUAGCAAAGCUUACAAGAAGAAAAAGAUGAGCUUUCUGUGUCUGGCAACAGCAACGGAUACCCCAGGUACUCUCAUAUUGUACCAAGUGAAAAAGAAUGACAAAAAUGUUUAUAAGAAGAAACAAUCGUGGCCUCUGAGUGACAUACAAAUCAUAGACGGGGUGAAAAAUGAUUCUAUGGACAUAGAGAUACAUAUCGACAAAGUUUACAAGUGGUCGUCCACUACAGUGCAGGAAAGGCGAACGUUUAUUAGUAAUUUAUACACCUAUUCGUGUAGCCUGACUCAGAGGCCGGAAUUCAAAAAUAUUCCCAAAGAGUGGCUGAUCGAUCCAACCGCCUUGAAGGAAAGCGAUAGCAUCACAUUUACACCCGAUCUCCUGGCAUCACCUAUUAGUUCAGAUUAUCAACCCAUUACUGAAAAGGAGGCUGUUGACUUAAAACAAAUGAUGGAAAAUUGUGAAUAUGCCGUUUCCAAUGCCGAGCUUUUUAUGGAAACUCUUUCAAAAGAUCUAUCUAUUCUUGAUGGGGAAAAUGUACAUUCAGUCUUGGCAUCAGAGCAGAGAGUAACGCAACUGAUGAACAGUAUAGACGCGGCGAUAACCGAGGCCUCUAUCGUAGAAGCGCGAUUAGCGGCGUAUGAUGAAGCGUUAGGAAGAAUAAGAGAAGUUAUGGCACGAGUUGGGCAAAAAAAUCAGGCUAUACACACGGCGAAUAAUAAUGCGAGGCUCUUGUUGGAUAAGCUAAAUCUAGUGGUUUCGCAGUUAGAUAUUUCUGCAACACAUCAACGUACCUUAAACGAAGCUGAGCUUCCAGGCGAGAGAGAAGAGCUUGGCCAUGCUGGUGCAGCGCUCUUAAAAGCCAUCACUGCACCUCUUCCAUCGGGCUUAGACAAACUAAGCGCUGUCACCGAACAGAAAAGGCGAUUGGACAAACUUAAAGCCAAAUUCUCAGUCAUUGUUGCUAGACAUUUAAACAAUCUUUUUAUACAUUUGGGUAACGAUAUUGGAGAUACAUCUACUUCUAUGACAGAUUUAAUAUUACCGACUCAUCAAGGAGUUCACAAUGAGCUUGUACCGUAUACCGAAUUGAUGCAGCUGCUGAGAGCAUUGGAUAAUAAAGCCUUUGUACAAUUGACUAAAGUCUAUACCGAUACCAUGAGCAAAUUGUACAAGAGAGAUCUGAAACGUUUUUUUGAGGAAGCUAAGAAUAAAUUAAUCAGUAAACGUUUACAAGUAUCUACAUCGAGGUCUAGCGGUCAGAAGGGCGAAGAUUUGCUUAAUCCGGCGCCUAUGUGCUUGCUGAGUGGCGAAGUGUGGACUCCGAUGGACGAAGGAAAUCUUUUGGAUUCGGUCCUCGAUUGCGUGCUUUCGCAGAUGCAGCCAGUAUGUCUCGCAGAACAAGGUUUCUGUGUCUCGUUUCUUCAAUUGGACUCCGUUCUCUCGCCUUCCAAAAGCAGCGAGAUGGAGGAGGUGGAGAACGUGAGUAACGGCGCAGCAAGUCCCGGAUCGGUAACUUCGACGGCAAGCAAAAGACUGGAGCGUCAGGUGAAUGAGGACGUGCGUGCGACUAUGGCCGCGAUAUUUCCAUCAUUGGAAAUCGAAUUGAACAAUUUUAUCGGUUUUCUGGAUAAAGUCGACAGCUUUUGGUGCCUGUAUGUAUUAGUGCGUUUAUCGCAGCACGUCAUGUCCGCUCAAGACACCGGCUCGUUUCUAUCGAUGACGUUCGCGUCCGCUCUGAUCCACGUGAAACGAGCGUUUGACAAAUUUAUGCAAGCGCAACUGCAGUCGAUAUUGUGCGACACGAAAGUCAAUCGUCGACACAAAUGCGGUAUAUUAUCGUAUAUAGAGAACUUCGGACCGUUUGCGAGAACCGCGGAGAAGAUUUUCCGCAACUCUGACAGAAAGGUUGAUCUCGAGAAGUGGUAUACGAAGCUUGUGAGCACCAUGUUCGAAGCUAUUGUUAUUCACAGCCGAGAGCACCACAAGACGCCACAGGAAGUCAUAAAAAUGGAGAAUUUUCAUCAUCUCUACGAUCUCCUCUCGCAACUGAAAAUCUCGGUUUUGGACCACGAGCGGAAGGAAGCUAAACAAAAAUAUCAAGAUGCACUUCGCGCUUAUGUUACGCAGUAUUUUGGACGGCCUCUUGAGAAACUUAAUCUUUUCUUCGAGGGCGUACAAGCGAAGGUAGGGGCCGGAGUGAAAGAAUCAGAAGUCAGUUAUCAGAUGGCCUUUAGUAAGCAAGAGUUGCGACGAGUAGUGAAGGAAUAUCCAGCGAGGGAAGUUAAGAAAGGCCUGGAGAAUUUGUAUCGAAAAGUUGAAAAGCAUCUGUGCGAAGAGGAGAAUUUGUUACAAGUUGUUUGGCGUGAGAUGCAAAAUGAAUUUAUCGCGCAAUAUAGGAACAUUGAAGAACUAAUACAACGCUGUUACCCAGACAGCAAUGUGACACUCGAGUUUACUAUUCAGGAUAUCUUAGAAUUUUUUUCGGAAAUAGCACGAUCUCAUUAAAUUAAAAUACAAUUUUUUUUCACUAUUCCACUUGACUUGGCUAUUAAUAUAAUUAUUAUAUUAUUAUAUAUUAGGAAUGUGAUUUAGUUUUGAGGAUUUUGCAAGAUAUAGUACUAAUGUCAAUGUUGUCGAAGACAUUCCAAUCACAACUAUUGUUUCUUAAUGCUUCAAUAUUACUCCAUGAUAUUUAGUCGUUUACUAACAAUAGACGCAUGUUUAUACCCUUAAAAAUGGAGCUUCCUAAAAAGUAUUUUUGAUCUCAUUGAUGAAGCAAACGUUAUUAAAGCUGAAAUGGGAAGUCUUACCGCACCUCGCAAAUUCUCCAGAUAUUGCUCCAUCUGAUUAUCAUUUGUUCCCGUCGAUGCAACAUGCUCUAAAGGAUACACUUUCAUAAUUUCAAAGUGCGAAAAUUUGUUGAAAAUUAGUUCAACUCCAAAGAGGAAUCUUUUUAUCGUCGCAGAAUCCAUCUCUUGCCAGACAGAUGGGAAGUAUUUUGACUAAGGUAUUCGUAUAAUAAAUCAGUUUUUGAAAAAAAAAAUCUUCAAAACUAAAUCACUCCGAAUAUAACAAAUUUAUAUGUAUAGAGAUGUAAUAUAGCUGAGUAUGUAUAUGUUGUAUGUGAUAUUUAUAAAUAUCUCAGAUAUCUAUUGCAAUCUUUUAUCACGAAGAAUCGUGAUAGCACUCAACACCAUAAUAAAGAUUUAUUUUAUUAUUGCAGAAUAAUAAUCAAGUAGUAGUAAAGAUUCAAUUUAUAAUGGUUGCAAUAUAUUAUUUAUAUUUAAAUAUAUAUUUUUCAGUUUU